CCACUGCUCCACAUUCUUGAAAGAUUUCAAUUUUCAAUCAAUGGCUGAUCGACCUGAGUCAGAAAAUGCAUUUUCUCCUUCACAAGAAUUCAACUUAUACCUCAGUAAUGAGUCAAAAUCACCCUUGAAUCAUAGCAAAAGAAGUCUACAAUUUUCCCCGAUGGAAGGUAGUUAAGUACUUUAAAUAUUGCUUUGUUUUGUUCGCGCGUUUUUGUCAAUAUUUCACAUGUAAACAAUGAACUGUUACGUUUUAAUUGUACUGGUUAACUUAAUCACAACAUUAUAAUGUUUCAGGCCGAGAUUCUUGCAAUACAUUCUCAAGUCUUACUUUGGAUCCACAACGCAGAGAGCUGUUGGAAGCUAGGUUCUUUGACAAUAGAGUAGAUAAUAGGGUAGGUUUUUAUGCAAAAAUGCAAUUUUAUUAUAAAGUUGCAACUCAUGAAUAUGCCACAAAUUGCCAAAUCUCUGGGAUAUUCAGGGGUGCUUCAGGUUGUACACUGUAUAACCAAGUUGAUGUACAUUUCGUCCAUGUUGAUGUACAAUUUUCUAACCUAGUUUUAUCCAUGUUUCUGUUGUAUUUAUUCCAUGUCGGCCUGACUAGAAAGUUUGGAAAUUGAACACUUGGAAUGUGUUAGCAAACAUAUAGAAAACAUCAAGACUGAGAUUUCAGUUGCGUGAUCCAAACUGUGUGUAAGAAAUAAGAAAUGUUUUGCCGGCAUUUGCAGAGUUUUCAAAGCACUAGCAGAUGAGGAUUACUGUUAUGCAUAAGAUAAAUAAAAUAAUUAAUGCCAAUAUACAACCUCAUCCCCAACACAGAUUAAGUAUGACCAGAUAUGUAACUUAAUAGGACUUAAUAGGAAUAUCCUCAAAUUUCCCUAGAUGUUACACGUCAUGCUCACGCCAUAACACUUGCUAGCAAAAUGGCAUCCUGAAAAAAAUGGCGUUCUUUUUAGGGUGAUGCGGUUAUUCGGUUAACCGAGAUGAAUCGGUUAUUUUUACAGAUCGGUUUCGCGAGUCUUCUAAAUAUCAGAUAACCGACUAACCAAAAAACCGAUUCAAAAUAUAAAAUUCAAAAUAAAAGGACAAACAAGCGUGCUACAUGUGAUCAACAUAAAACUAUAAGCAAGCUACGUUAUACUCUUUGGUGAUUACGCGAUUUAAAUCAAUGCUAGAAGCCUAGACGUCACGUGGAUAACACACAAGACAUGUUGUUUAUUUUUGUCAAAAUAAUUUCAUUGAUUAAAAGAGUCGGUUAUCUUGGUUAUUUUGUGAUGAUUCUCGGUUUCGGUUAUUUUACGAAACCGCAUCACCCUAGUUCUUUUACACUUUAUUGCUGCCUUUUUGGAUUGAAAUUUUUGGAUUAAACAAUUAUUGUUGAAUGUUUAAAGUUGUUGAAAGCAAUUAAAGUUGUUGAAAAGGUAUUGAAAACAUUUUUGAAAGCAAGACAUAUUACCAAAUGACGAAUUAUCAUGCGAGCGACACUUGCUUGGAGUUACACAUCUGUUAUUAGUCUGUGUUCCCAAGGAUGCAUUCCCACUACAAAGAGGCCUGGGGACGAGGUUGACAAUGCUGUACUGCUGGAAUAUGUCAGUAAAUCCUUUAUGUUACAUUGUGCUCUAAUGUGCCGUUAUACCCCAUUAUUUUACUCUGUCUAACACCAGAGCAAUGGUGGUACUCAAUGGAUUAACCCAAUCUCGUUCCCGAGCCUGCGAUCCUCGGGAAGGAACGCGAGGCUCUGGGAUAAUCUGUUUCAGGGAGGAAUCUGAUUGGCCGUUGAAAUGGAAUGCAUAGUUCAAUCUUAGCCAGAAUUCCUGGCUUCCGGCAACGGAUUAUCCCUUGGGAAACGAGAUUGGAGUUAACCAGACAAUCACAAUCAUUUCUUAUUAUUUGCACCAUCUACACUGGCACAGACCAUUCAAGAUUUUAACCAGUAGUGAUUGACCAAUAAUCUAUAACAUUGUAUCAGUCAUGGGAUAAGCAUUGCCUUAUAAUCGGUAGACAAUCAGAAUCAGUAGAAUUUAUAAUCUAUAUUUCCCAAAUGUUGUCUAAAACUGAUUGUUGAGAAAAUAUAGUACGUAUAUACAGUACAUUACACAUUCAUUGAUACUUGUUGCGUUUCAACAUGAUAUGCUAAAUUAAUGUGUGAAGCGUGCCAUUUAAUGAUCGUUGGUUGCAGUAACAUGUUACAUUGGAAAUUAUCCUUAAAAAUCGACACAAAUGAUGUCAUCUUUAUUCUGUUGACUGAUGUCAUGACGUUAAAUUAUAAAAUCGGUAUUGGGUAGUUUGUGGCAUGAUAGUUUCCGAUUGUUGCACAAUCGAUCAAUCACUAAUAACCAGACAGUUGGCCUAUGUGUCUAGUUGACCCUUUAAAUUAAGUUGCAUUGUGCCCUAAUGUGCCUGGCAUUAUUAGAAUACUCUGCCUAAUGCCAGACGACUUUACUUGUCAACACAUUUAAAUCUUAUAUUUGGUUAUACAACAAAUCAGGAUUCAAAUUUGAGUGCUGCUUCAUCUGGAAUAUCUGGAAUAUCUGAAACAUCGAGAGAUUUUGAGGUAAUGUUUCAUAUUUUUCUCUGUUGAAAUUAUUAGCAAUGAUAUGCAAUUUGGCAAAUAACUUGUUAGAUGAUGAAGCUGCAAGACAUUAAGUUUAGACCAAAAAAAUGUGGAAGUGUAAAGACAGACAUGUUAAGUCUUUGUCACAGACUUGAUUACUGUUGAUAGUUUCAACAACGAAUAAAAUGCUUAAAGGGGAAGUCAAGUCCGUAAUGUAAACAAACAGUUUGUUUACAUUUUGAACUGCUGUAUUUUUUAAAAUAUGAUGUACUGUCUGAAUAUCUAACACCAUUUUGGUUCGUUAUGCUUCUACAUGAAUAUGAAAUAGAGUUUGUGUUCAGAAAAAUUCGAAACAUUCAAAAUUUGAGCAAUGUUUACCUCAGAGGGCCCUCUAUUGUUAUGCGCAGAACCGAUGCGCAGAACGGACUUGAAUCAAUCUUUGAAAGCAUUUUUUACUUUAAAGAGUGGAGCAGAAGUGAAAACUGAUGUUAAACAUGUCAAACGUAAAAGAAAAGCUCACGAUGGCGACCAUCCAGGUAUUUCCAAUACUUGAAAUAGCUGUCAAUGGCAAUAGGAAGUCUUAUUUGAGGAAAGGAAGGUGAAAAUAAUUCUGAACUGGUAAUGAAACAACGAUAACCUACCCGUCCAGUGAAAAUAGACACUGUUUUAUUUGAAAACAAUGUAUUGUUCAAUUUUUGCUUGUGUGUUUUAUUAUAAAGCUUGUGAAAUUUUUUCUAGUAAAAAUAGAAAAGAUGAAUAUAGAUAUUAAAUGAACAUUUCUUUAAUCAUGGGGGCCCAUCCAAGAAGAGAAAUCGCAGGCAAUAAUUUCUUUGACCUGCAAGAAACAAGAGGACUAACUAAAAUAUGCUACAGCUGCGCGUAUGCAGAUAAUUAACAGAAAAUUUGUUGUCUCUCAGCACUGCAAAUAAUUUCUGUAACUUGGCAGUCAAGUACAAUAUUCUCCCGGUCAAACAUUAACAACUGAAGUGAACUCAGAACUAGUUAUCCAUGCGAGAAACAACAUUUUAUUCAUGUAAUUAUUAUUUAAAUCAUAAAUGUUUUAACUUAUUGUGUAAUUCUUAAUAUCAAUUUGUCUUUUCUUUUUUGGAGCCCAGCCUUCCCAUCAUCAAGUUGAUCAAAUUAUUGCAAUAUUUAUGUUUUGGGCGUUGUUUUUAGAUUAGCCCUUGAGUUGACGUACGUGCUAACGUGCGUGUAAAAUUCUAAGCACGUCAUUUACAUCGCGAUAUCUCAUUGGCUUGCUAGCAGAUUAUACCAGUAUUUUACGUUGCAUACUUACGUUUAAAAUUAAAAUUUGGCCAGUCAAAGUAAUAUUUAGCCAGUCAAAGUAAUAUUUAGCCAGUCAAAGUGAUAAUUGAAAACAAAAAAGCGGCGUUCAUUGCCCUAAUAUUAUUGGUCAUUGACCGGUGGCCAGCCGUUAUUUGCAGCGUUGGUCUCUUACAUGUGGAUACUCGAUGUUGUAGAGCAUGCAUUCGGAAAUUACGGUCCACCAUUCUACCGAUUAAGACAAGGGUGUGAGGGGGCAGGUUUCAUCCUUGUUUAGUCUUUGAAAUGCCAGCCAGGCGAAAUAUUUCGCAUUUUGCUGACAAAAAGCGCUCGUGGAAUCAGGACUUAAAGCGUAUUGUUUACAACGAAUUUCAGGGAGCUCGGAAACGGCUCAGAAGGUUAGGCAAACGGCUGCUGUGUUGUAGUCCGCGGGUUCGAAUCCGAGUUUGUGACGGCUUUUUGUUCGCCUUAACAAAACAUGUUUAACUUUUUUUCUGACUAGUUUUAAUUUUUUUAGGGGUUAGAGUUAGAGGUUAGGGUUAGGGGAAGGAUUGGGGUUAGGGUUAUUUUUGUUUUAAUUUGACUUUAACGAUAAAUACAGGCCAUAUGGAGACUAAGAACGAGAGUGCCGUAAAUAUAGCCUGGCGAAGUCUGUUUACGGGCCCGUAGAUAUAGCCACUUCGUACAUUAUAUUAUAGCAUUUGUAAAUUCUGAACGCUGAUUGGCUAAGAGCCGUGUUGAUAUAACUUAUUGUCAACACGGAAACGUCGGAAAAUUGCUUUCUUUAUGUUUCUUUGUGCUAUAUUAUUUCCACACAAUUUCUCGUUUUCCCAAUUUCCACUCGUGUUGAUAUAACUGUAUAUCAACACGGAAAAUGUUUUAUAUUUGUUAAAUGUUUCAAAUCUCCUUUUUUAAUUAUUAAACGAAAUAUGUUCCAGUCAGGAAGUUCUAAACAUGUUCCUAACAAGAGAACCAGAUUUACUAGGAUGGAGAUGCUGACAGUUUGAACAGAGUCAGUUGUCUCACUUUAUUGUCUUAAAUUCACAAUAUAGGUCAGCCCAAGGUGGGAAGACCUGAAUCAAGUUCCAAGAAAAUUACCGGCUACUUUUCAAAGGUAUGUACUGUAGGAGAAAUUAUCAUUAAACUGAUUGAUCAUCAAGGACUUUUACUGUACACUGUUACGUUUCGAGCCAGCAUCAAUUUGUAUUUUAUUUAUUAUAUACUGGUUGAUAUAUAUGCUGUAGUAGUACAGUGGUUUCUGAGCUGAUAAGUGCCCAAAGGGACCGUGGUGUUACAGCGCUAUUCCUUGUCUCGUUUUAUAAUAAUUUAACGCGAGAUGUGAGUAGUAGAUAUCUGUGCAUCACGUCAUGCGGUUGUUUUGUCGUAGUUGCGAGGCUAGAAUCUUGUAAAGUACAAAAACAGAGGACCAAAAACAUAACAAUACCAGAAGGUGAAAGAAUAUAUUUAUUAUAAAGAAAUACAAAGCAUUUUAUGAGAUAACGUUUAAGGGAAGAAGAAUUUAGAUCGAUCAAUGGCUUACAGUACAUAUAAGUUUUGUAUUGUUUCUAUAAUUUAGCUAUUAAUUCCCUCGGGGCCAUCUAUAAGAAGGUUUGGAGAAUUGGUUAGCAAGCGAAGACCGUAAAUCUUCCAGUUUUUCUAACCAUCGUACUUGUCCAAUUACCUAUUUUAUACCAAGAAAGUGAUUAUCUUUCUAUGUAGACGAAUGGAACAACAACGCCACCAAAUAAAGUUCUUUCAACACCGAGUCCUAAGCGUACGCCGACAGUUGAUGAUGAAGAAGCCUUUGUAAGUAUUGAUUGAAGCUUUCAGGAACCUACUGUAUGCCUUAUUGCGCUACUGAUGCUGACCUUGUACCCAGGGCCUUUCAGAUCAUUCUACACAGAAUGAGCGACUGAGGACGAGUCAGUAGUCAUGUUCAACAUGGAGAGGUUGGAGAAAAAAAGAUUUCUUUUGUACCUGAUGAUAUGAUUGUGCACCAAUUUAACAUACAUGUUUAAUUCUGUUGUGUAUUGGAACAAGACUCUGCAUGGCGACAUUAAACAGUCUCUAGGUGACUAAGUUGAACAUCAAACAUAAAAGAUAAACCAUAGUUAAUAGGAUAAACUAAGACCAGUCGUACGAGUCAUUUAAGUUUAAGGGGUAUUACAUUAUUGCUUUCAUGAUAUUGGCCUGAUUUUUGCUAGAGACGGGUCAUCUGUCUCAAUGAACUUGGGCAAAUAUAGUUUGCUGAUAAUUCGUGUGAGUGUGUAUAAACGCGGGAAACAGAUGGAUCAUCCAUCAGGACGAACUAUUGAGUGCGUAGUUUGUCUACUCUACUCCAUCUAUAUAUAAAUAAGGCAUAAUACGAACUAUCGGGAAAAAUCACUACUUUGUUGCUUCAUUCAGCGGAGUUUUGCAAGCAUCGUUUGUUCCCAAGUUUUUUCCAGUAUACAGUAGAUGGUGCUAUGUCAGCUACAGAGUUUGUCUGCAUAGUUUGUCUUGUGUUUAUACUCACACGAAUGAUCAUGUGGUUUAAUCUUUAACAGAGUCCAUUGGAAAGCAGUUCAACCCUUCCUUAUUUGUUGGGACAACCUCAGAGUUUGAUACGGAGAUCCAGUGAAUCUUGUAUGUCACCACCACAGCUAAAUGACAAUGGCAAAGAAACGAUCUGUGUACAUGAAUCAACUCAGGUAACAUAAUCCUGCACUGUAAAUCCCUAACUGUUGUACUUAUGUUACACUAUAUCAUAUGUAGUAGGGAUGUGCCCCUUUGCCGUAACCGAAUGGUAUUGGAUAGCCGUCUACCGGAUAACAAAUACAUGCAUGGAUGAUGAAAAUAUUUUCUGCGACCUAUCGACAGUUCAUAACUGUGCUUUAACUUCCGGUGGACUAAACAGCAUUAGUUUUAUAAAACCAAAAUGACUGCUGAAAUUGUGUUUAUGUACAUUUUUGAACUGUCGUUGCCAGUGUAGGUAGUGGCAAUAAUAUAAACAAGCUUUCGUUGGUACAGAUGCAACUGCCUAAAAAAUAUAAGGAGACUUUCGACGUUUCAAGCGAAGGCCCUUGGUCUGGCGUUACUGAACUCCAGACGAAGGGCCUUCGCUCGAAACAUCGAAAAUCUCCUUCUAUUUAUUAGGUAGUUGCUUCCCUAGCAACGACAGCUUGUUUAUCAGGGUUCGUAGCGGUCUUUGAAAUCCUUGAAAGUCUUUAAAUUUGAAUGCAGGUCUUUGAAAAGUCUUUGAAUUGUGUGAAAAAGUGAAGAAAGUCUUUAAAAGUCUUUAAAUUCUUUAGUGAGUAUAUCAUUAUACUAUUCCCUAGCUAAUAAAAUAGAUUGAUUGAAGCAAGAUUUUCGCAAAUAUGGACGAAAAAAUGCAUUUUAGGAUGUUAUUUGACGGGACUAAUUACCUGGUAAAAAUGGUGCUUAUAUAUCGCAAUUUUUCUACACCUGAUUGCUCUCAAAAGUCUUUGAAAAGUCUUUGACAAUAGGCAGAUAAAAUCUUUUGAUCUUGGAGACUACGAACCCUGUUUAUGUACAUUUGCUGUUUAACGUAUAGCUUUCACGCGAGUGUACAGUGUGCAGGUUGUAAUCGUCAGAGCUAGACAUGAGCUAAUCAUCAAAACUGGCGAUUACUGUGGCCGAUUAUUUGAAGGCUGAUUGUACCAAAAUAUCGGCCGAUUAAUUGGCAUCUGCCGAUGUCGUUAUGUUGCUAGUCACCAGUACCAUAUAGAUGAGUGUGCGUUACGUUUAUAUAAGCAGCUAGAAGUUGCGUAAAAUCAUCGAGAAUAAACUAACCCUUGUCGAACUCGAGUUAACUGCAUUUAUCCCUUCAAAUCUCGCGUUAGUUUUCGUAGUGUAACUAAAAUCUUAUGUAAAACUGGUUUCCACAUUAAACAAUUUUUGAAUCCAUCGUAAUUAUCUAAGUUUUCUGUUUUCUUUACAGAGUGAUUUGACUAUGGAAAAACUGGCGGUGAGGAUACUAUGUAUUCAUGGAAAGUUUUAUUCAGUGGCAAACACUCUGUCACUUGGUUAAACACCUCGUGUUAUAGUGGAGUUUCCAUCAGCUAUAUAGGCUUAUAGAAUGAUUCGAAUGUAUUUGGAUUUGUAUAUAUAUAGUAUGUUUUCAAGUUCAAGUAGCUACAUGAUUAUACAUCAUUCCAUGAGUAGAUGUUAGAAGAUUUUUGUUGUCAUCCUUACAAUAACUACUUUACUAACAGUAUAUAUAAUAUAAUGAAAUCUUUUUGUAGGAGUAUGAAACAUUGGCAUUUGCAUCGUCACAGGAAAAGGACAAGAAAAUUAAAGAACUAGACACCGUAUGUUACAUUUUUAAAUUAAUGAACAAGGGGAUCAACAGAACAUGCGAUGAGUCAAUAUUCAUUACACAAGGUGUAGUUGCCUAAUUUAGUCCGGAGCCCACGUGCUCGACAACGCCUGACGGUUAAUAUUUGGUCAGGGAGAAAAACUGGGGUCCCAGAGAGCAACCCUCAAAGCACAGGAGAGAAUCAAAAUUUUGCUUACACGAAUGUUCAAACACAGGUGAAUUAUUCAACAUUGGUAAAUAUACCCUCGACAUACAGCAGGCUUACUAGUUCUGUUCAGCGCUAGCCGUAUCUUCUGAAAUAAAGCUCUUGCUAGGUUACGUUUGAAUAUAGGGCCUUCAAAAGUAUUCUUAGGUAAUCACAAGAAUCAUCAGAGGGCGUUAGUAUCAGAAUAUAACCAUGGUUAAAGUGAAUCAUAUCGUCCUUUCCGCAACUUUUGAAGCUCGUUGUCUCAUCGUACAUGUUUAUACUUGUAAACAAUAAGGCAAUGUUUGUGUCUAAAGGUACACGCCAUCCCGCCUAUGCGUGUUUCCCUGCUAGGAGGGGUGUAAACUGCUUCCCUAGCCGGGCUAAACAGGCCCUUUAACCAUCAGGUAGUUUCUGUUGUAUAGUAACAUCGUUAUUUUAUUUAGAUGAAUGGAAAUUUGGUCCGACAAAUUACAGAACUAAAGGUAUUUGUGAUCGAUUUUUGUGGUGAAAAACACCACCAUUUUUUGUUUCGCAAAGCGUUCGAUCCAGGGGUGGAAAAAAUAAUUUUGUUCCUGCAAGCACAGCCUAAAGAUAAACCAUUUCCUGCAGAGUAUGUUUGUGUUAAAUCUCGUACCAACGAUGACUCUGGGUACGAGAUUGGUUAAAUCUAGGCAUACGGUAAUUUCCUGCAGCUGUAGGUUGAACUUUGCAUCGAUGAAGAUGCAUGCUCCCGGAUCAAAAUGUCUUAGCGAAUCGUUACUGCUUCUGCAUGCACGGCUCUAUGAGGGCACAGGAGAAACCUGUUCUACACAGUGUAUUACUGUACACAUGUUCGUCUCAGAUAACCUAUUGUAUUUUUUUCAGAAAAUGGAAGAUAAAUUAAAGAAAACAAAUGACAAGGUACGACAAGAGUAAGGAACGCAUAUAUUAAUUGUUUGUACCCACUGCAAACCAUACAUGCAGAGGCCAGCUAACUUUCUGGGGCCAGUUGUAUAAAAAGUAGUUAGAGUUCACUGUAGUUGGUGAAAGGGUAUGCCAAUCAGAAUAAUUCAUUUUAGAUAAGUACGAUUGAAUUACCCAGAAGUAGUCAAGCUGUACUGCACGAGUUCUAUACACCCGGUCCCAGCCUACUAGUUUGUUAUACAGUAUGCACAUACAUAGCUUAAUAUGCACUCGAAAUCCCUCACGGUUUUUUAAUAUUUUAAUUAUAUAAUAUAAUUUUAGUGUAUCGAAUUUAUAAAAGACCUCUUGAUAGAUCAGGUAAUUUGAAAAAUUGAAGUAAACCAAAUUUAGCAAAUAUUUUUGUAAUUUAAUAUGAAAAAUUUGAAGUUAAAAUAUGGACAUUUACAAUAAUAAAAUCAUGUUACUUUAUUAGUCACGGCAAUACAAAAUGAAAACGAAACGCGACAGUAUGAAUAAUCGUCUUCGAUUGGGUCAAUAUGUUCCAACCAGGUACUGUAGGCUUUGUAGUGUGUGUACCCAGGGUGUUUUUCUGAAAGAAAGAAGGUGCGAGUGUAGAGGAGAGCCUGGGUUUGAGUUGUUUUGUGUAUAGUGUACACUCUUUAAACUGGAAUAUUUUUGUACGGUACACCAGCACCGCGGUCAAAUUAACGUCCUUAGUAUUGAGUGCUUGCGCUGGAAAGACUGGAAAUAGUAUUGUCUUCACGAGACUCUAGCAAGAAAUAUAAAGAAAAUUACGAGAGUUUAAACUCAGGAUAACUUCAUCUUGACACAAGGCGAAAAGCUGUGAAUUUCCUUACCUUAUAGCUUCAGCCCUUAGGAAACACUUUUCUAGAGCUGUGCACCGGAGUACCGGAGCCAGAGCUCCUGAUAUUUUGCUGGAGCCGGAGUUGCAAAACUCCGGUAGACAAAAUUAUGAACUUUUGGUAAUGGAAAAAUUAAGUUGAAUGAUUUGAAGUUAUUAUAAAGUUUAAUUAUUUGCUCCGAUCCGAUUCGUGGCUUCGAAAAUUCUGCAAGCGCAUUGCUAUCGCUUUUGAUACAAAAAUCUGCUGACCCCGAUGAAUUUUGGGCGAAUAUACCACGCUGCCAUGCGGUUUUACUUUCUUCAAAACAUUUAAACAAGCACCGUAUUUGAUAAGGAAAGGAGAAGCUCGAAAAGGAAUAAAAUAAAUUCUGAAACUACACUCACUGAAAUACUUUCGCCUGCUUCUACUUUUAAAUAUGAAAUUUCCUUAAAAUUUCCUUGCCGGAGUUUUGACUGCCGGAGCUAAAAUAACCGGAGUUUGCACAGCUCUACACAUUUCUCGUAUUUUUUGGCAGACAUUUUCCCCGCCAUUUUCAAACGCACGCGCUUUACGUUUGACAUCGGUGUUUGGUACAUUCUGUAUCUACGUUCAUAUCGUAAUGCGUGAAAGAAUGCGUUGUGAUCUUUACAUACGUUAACCGUAUACAUAUACUACAAGUACAAUGUUGUUCUGAACUGUAAAAACUUUGUUCAAUUUUCUAUGAAGGCAAGGAGCUCAUUUUUUGGAAACGUGGGAAGACGGAUUUUCCUUUAAGGAAAUUCAAAAGUAAGUUCUCUCAUGCUCAUUUUUUAGGAGAAAACUGGUAUCACUUAUUUUCACUCUCCUUAUAUUUUUACGGAUUUCUGAAAUCGUAAGCUAUUAUCCAUGUCUAUAACUCAAAGACAGAGUCUCAAAAACUGUAUACUUGCGCCUCAAAAAUAUUAAUAUCACACGAGAGCAGUGAAUUAAUAGGGACCACGCCUCUAUAGUGUUUCUCAGUUAGCCGAGCAAGACAUUUUUAUGAUCAAUGAAUUAAUACACAGACAAACGACGCUUGUAUUGAUAGAAUUUUCCCUUCAUACACCAAAUUUGCGUAGGGAGGAAGGCUUCCCCGGAAGCUAAUGCUUUUUGUUCUUAUAUUGAAAGAAAUUCCAUCGAUAUCUAUUGUGAUGGUCAAAUGGCUCCAUAACGUGAUUAUUCUGGCUCAAUUCUUUGUGCAAAGAUCAUUGAUAAGGUUAAUAAUUUUGCAGACAACAAGACGCCAUCAAUCAACAAAAAGAAGAAAUCGAGAAAAAGAAGAAAUUACUGACGAAAAGAAAACCACCAGCUACAGGUAAAUGGCCAUACUGAGCAUUAAUAAAGGACCAUCAUCAAUUCAUCUGUAAAGGACGAUUCACAUUGGUGACCUUUACGUUUAUUUUUCUCUUUCUAACGCAUGCACUUGACUAAUGGACGUCCUCAUGUAGGAGUCAGUACUCAGGGCUUUUACGGACGGGCGCUACUGAAUAGAAGGUUUGAGCAAGAAACGAAGUACGGCGACGAAGAUGUACUUGACAAUUUUUACUAGUCAGCGGAUUAUCGCGCUCAUGCUGAGUUUGGGGUUCGCAGUGGUUGUUCAACGAAGACAGGUUAUCUUUAUGAAUACUGACCCUAAUCCUUACCCUGACGAAACAGGGAGACAGGAAUCCAUAUCCCGUCCGUUCUUCUGCCUUAUUUUGGCAAAAUUCGUCGUGAACUUCGUUGUAGUCUGAACGAAGGUAGAAGAAUAAAGACGGGAUAUAGUUUAAUGUCUCGCUGUUUUGAGGAUUAGGGUCAGUAUUCAUAAACAACGAGACAUGAUCAAUAACGGGAAGACACUUUGAGCAACUACCAGUGACCCGAACUCAGUACGUGCAAGAUAAUGUCACAGAAUACUAUACAGAAGUCCAUCUCCAUUGUUUUUUGCGUAAGUGCUAUUCGUCAUGAUUCGUCACUCGGCAAGUACCGUAAACAGAAGCAGUCACCCCCCUGGACGUGUGCCAUUUUGAAUAUUUUCAGGGGGGACUCCUUCUGUUUACGGUACUUGCCGAGUGACAAAUCAUGACGAAUAGCGCUUACGCAAAAAAACAAUGGAAAUGGACUUCUGUGUAGUAUUCUGUGAUAAUAUGCAGACGGGCAAAAAUUGUCAAGUACGUCUUCGUACUUCUUUGUUUUGCUCAAACUGUCUAAUAAUGUCUCUAGAAUUGUCCACUGCUCUCGUGGGUAAAUUCGCUCAAUCACAUACAUUAGAAAGAGAAGAGCACCGUGGUAUUAUGAAUUAAAGCGGCUACUCCUCGUACUAUACAUCUGUACCUCGGUCUGGGAACGUAAAUGUUAUGUUUGUUUGGUAGUAAAACGACCGUCUUAAGUAGUCGCUUUCCUGGAACAACUUUUGAACCGAUCAACUGUUUUGCUCGAAGCCAGUGGCAUAGUGGUACAUAGAAUAGAGGAAACAUUUCUUAAGAGCUAAAUUUCUUUAUAACAUCCAAAUAUUUUUAACAGGAAAAGAGAAAAAGAAUUCUAAAGUGGGAACUGACUCUGAAUUCGCUAAACCACCAAUACCAGCAAGGUUUGGUUUAAUGUUUUUAUAUUGAUGAUUGACGACCUGAAAUGAUGUUGAGGAAAUUAUUUUCUCUCUAGCUUGACGCCUUUAGAGUAUUACGAACAAGAUGAAAUAUUAAAGUUACGAGCGGCAUAUACAAAAAAGGUAGGAAUCAUUGAAAAUCUUUAAUGCUGCCUAAAUUACUUAUGUGUUUUUUAAGUUUACGAUGUAAUGUAAUGAAAUGCAGUCUAAUGUAAUUUAACGUGAUGUGUAAUACUAAUAUAAUGUAAUGUGCUACUCUCUAACUUAAUCUAUUUCAUACAUGUAGUUUUUCAGACCUUUUUCGACCUCAAUUUUCCAGAAAAUUCCUUAAUAUUUAACACGUUUCGCAAUUUUAGGGCCCCCUCUCCGCAAGUUGGGCCCCCUUUUUCACUAUUCUUUGGGGGUGAUACACCCCCCCCCCCCACCCCCAGUAGUUCCGGCUCUGGAUUUGGGGCAUCUCACUCGCUAGAACUAAAAGUUGGAGGGUUUUGUAGAUGGAAUCGACCCAGCGAUUCUGAUGCAGCGCUCUAACCAACUGAGCUACUGAGAACAGUUGUCGAGCUCUAACCGUUCCGCUGCACUGGAAUCGCUUGAGCGCAGGUUGGAUUCCUGCCAGAUUGUUUCUACUUGCAUUUUUCACAACUGCUCCUGGUCAGGUCUAAUAAAUGUAUAAAAUUUACACUCGAAAUAUUUCCAUCUACAAAUCCCUUCAACUGUAUAUGAUUGUACUCUAUUGUACUUUAUUGUACUGUAUUUCCCUGUUCUGUAUUGCAGUUUAGCCGUCGUUUUCAAAGUACGCGUAUUUUUAGGAGGAAAGUGAUCUGGCAAUGGAGUUAGAAAAAUUAGAACGAGAAAGAAAUCUUCAUAUUCGAGAGAUGAAACGAUUGCAAAGUGAAGAUAAGUCAAGGUAAUGCAUAAUUUAUGUUAAUAAGUAUAGGUGAUCAUGCGAUGGCGAGUACAAUUAGGGAUUAAUAGUUAAUAGUACGAGUGAUGUUUGGAAAUUUUGCCAAAAUUGGACGAGCCGCCGGGGCGAGUCCAAUCUGGCAAAUUUCCAAACAUCACGAGUACUAUUAACUAUUAAUCCCUAAUUGUACGAGAACAUCGCAUGAUUACUUGUUUAUUAUUAGCAUGACAAAACCUAAAUUUUUCCCUAAUUUUCAAAAUUUUUUCGAAAAAUUCAAAUUUUCUGGGGGGGGCUUAGCCCCCCCACUUUUACUUCUGGGGGGGCUUUAGCCCCCCUAGCCCCCCCUGUUUCGCCGCCCCUGGUUCCUCUAGGGCAAGUUCAUUUCACGUUUGUGUUUAAAAUACCUUUCCGCCAUUUUGUUUGUUUUGGGAAAAUCAUUAAUUGUACUGCAGUACAAUUAAUGAUGGUAAUAGAACGAAUAGGAGUGCUAUUAAUGCCAUAAUCAUACGAGUGAUUACAAAAUCAACCGACCGCGUAGCGGGAGGUUGAUUUGUUAAUCACGAGUAUUAUUAUGGCAUUAAUAGUACGACUUAAUUCGUUCUAUUACUUAUUAAUUAUUUAUCUUCUGUAAUCAAACUGUUUAAGGGGGAAACGCAGAAAAAUACAAUUUGUUGAAAUUCAAUAUAAUUUUUAAAUUUUUGUCACGACAAUUCUUAGUGAAAUAGUACAAUUUGAAUUAUUAUUUAUCAUAUAUAAUCAAAUUAACAUAUUAUUAACUUCCGGGCAUUAUUUCCGGUAUAACCACAUGACAACAUUUGUUUGAAUUAUUCAACACACAAUUGGGAAGCCAUGUUUGUAUGUUUAUAACGUGUUCAAAAUAGUGAAGUUCUUUAGUUCAAUUAAUCAUCUGAAUUGGAUUGUGUCUAGUUCGGUGUCUUCUGCUGGAUGAACAGGUAGGUCAUUUUCGUCAGAAAAUAUAUAAUUUAACAACCCUCGAAAACGAGAUCGGCAUUUGGCAAUGCCGACCUUCAGUAUUAAAAUGCCGACCUAUCAACCUCCCAUGUCGGCAAUGUUUUGCCGACCUUAAUUCAGCCAAAGUAAGAAUCUUUUUGGUUCUUAUAGUUGUUAAAAAGUCAGCGAUUAUAGAAUUCGAUGCACUUUGGUGUAAGGUUUAAGAAUUAACGGGUAUAUUUAUGAUAUAAUUUAGGUAAACCUCUAAAAGAAAAGGCUUCGUGACAUUUAUACUUUUCAAUGAUUCGUAAAUACGUGAUUACUAGUGCAGGCUACUAGUGCUCCAAGACAUGGAAACAGAUUUUAAAAAAUGCCGAGAUAGGUCAGAUUUAGGUCGGCAUUUUUUUUCCGACCUCAAUUUUGACGGUUUUCGAGGGCUGAUUUAAAAAUUGAAAGGGCAAAAUUUGUGAAUUCCUCCAUUUUGAAUUUUUUACAGCAAUAAAUAAAAUAAAAUUUAAAGUUUGUAUCCUGAGUGCUGAUUGGCUAGUGUAAAUACUAGACUGAUUUUCAUUGGCUGUAGACAAGAGUGCGAUUACAGCUCAGAAAAGGUGCGAUUAAUGCUCAAAUCGCACUCCUGUAAACCAAUGAAAUUGCAGUAUUUGCCACUGAUUACAGAAGAUAAAUAAUUAAUGAAAUAAUUGACACUCUCAAUUAAUGAAAUAAUUGUACUCCUCUCAACCAAUCAGCAUCCAGUAAUUUUGUCAUGCUAAUAAUAAUGUUUGUAAUCAGUUUAAAUCAAGCUGACCAAUGUUGUGGCUUGCAUGGAGACAUAACAUUUAACACUGGUUUCUAUUUGGUCGUAACAAUCGCAGGACAAUAUCGAAAUGGCCAAAGUAAUAGAGUGUCAAUAAGGCCUGUUUUGCAUACAGCACAUAAGACAAUCACGUGGUCAAAACAGCGCGACCAAAUUAAAACAAUGCUUUAUAUAUUAUUGGAGAACUAUUUCUGUGAGGAAAUUCCAGCCAUUUGUAACUAAUUAUUACUCAUUGCAAUGGCAAACUUGUAUAGUAUAAAGGCACUAGAUUGUCGGAAAUGUUGUUUGUACAGGUAAUAAGUUAUUUUACCCUCCUCUUCUUUUAACAUAUAUACUCUUUUAAAAUACAUCUUUUUAUGAAAGUUAUACAUUUCUACAUUUAAACUUAUCGUUACUAUUUUGUGAUUAAUAUCUUAUCAGGUUCAAAGACAACCCAACCUUAUCUGAAAGAUAUCUUCUCUUGCAUCUGUUGGGAAAAGGAGGAUUCAGCGAAGUCCAUAAGGUACUGUUGAUGGUUAAAUGUUUCUAUGGUUAAAGUGUAGUUACAAAAUUUUUCGGUUAUUCUUAACUUUAGUAAAACAAUAAUUGACUACAGAAAAUUUACAGCGGUAAUAAAUUUAAGAAUUCUACACAGUCAGUUUUUGCAGAUAUUAGCUAAAUUCACAAUAUCCUUUUUUAACACGACAUAAUGUAGAUGAUAUUUGUAUAUGGCUAAAUAUCAGAAUUGAACCCAUGUUGAAGGGCUUUGCUAAAUGCAGCUGCUCCAUGGUCAGGUCUAAAUAAAUGCAAAGCCUUAUGACGUUUGUAUAUCACGAGUAUAUGUUGUUUCGAAAUCUUAAUAAGGAAACUGGUUACAUGUUUGUAGGGAUUUGAUCUUAAAGAACAGCGCUAUGUGGCGUGUAAAAUACAUCAGUUAAACAACGACUGGAAAGAAGAUAAGAAAACAAACUAUAUCAGGUGAAUUUUAUUAAGUGUUGUCACCUGAACAUCAGCGUUAAGGUCCGGACGCGAUUCGACAACGCGUCGCGAUUUUCGAUUUUCACUGACCGAUAACUUUGAUUCUAGUUUAAAUUUUCCAAAUAUGUAGAAGCGGUAUAACAUUUUGAGUUAUUUGGUCUACAUAUCUUUCAAAAUUUGCUCUCAUUGGCUGUUUUAUUAACUUUCAAAAACUAAAAAAUCGCGUCCGGUGUGUCUGGACUUUAACUGUACGUUUAAUAGAGAGUGACGAUGUGAAGGAUAUUAUGUACAACUACCUGAAAAAUAAUAACCAGAACUUCGACAUUUCGAGCGAAGCUCCUUCAUGGGGGAAGUUGUCUAUACUAACUAUCCUACGGAGGGCCGCCGCUAGAAACGUCGAAGUUUUGCUACUAUUUUCAGGUAAUUGUAUAUCCUUCACACCGCAGCAGUCUGCUAUCGUCUCCGUCUGUUACCUGCGUUUGAGUUAUUGUACAUUUAAUACUUUUUGUUUGUGGAAACACCACGUAAAUUUAUUACUGUAAAGCUUUCGAUCCGUAAGCCCGGAUCUUCAUCAGUGCUAAUAAUAAUAAUUUGAUGAAGAUCCGGGCUUACGGAUCGAAAGCUUUGCAGUAAUAAAUUUACGUGGUUUAAAAACAUGAAAAUGUUUGUAUUUAACAUAAAAAUCUUCUUUUCCAGACAUGCAAUCCGAGAGUAUAAUAUUCACAAGACAUUAAACCACCAUGUAAGUUGUGUUAAAAUAAAGUAAAAUGGAUACAGUUCAGCUUGCGUUGUCAUGGGUAAAAGUAGAGUAGAAUUUUUAAAAUGAUGUUCAUUGUUGUAUUAGCAUAGGGUUGAGAAAGGGGGUUGGGGAUUCGGCGUAAGGUAAAUUGCUGACAUACUGUACAUACAUGUGCGCACAGUACACAGUACACACUACAGUACAGUACAGUAUGUCAGCACUUCAAAUUCUCCAAAUAUUCUUAUCCUUUGAAGUCAUCAUGCAUCUUUCCCGGUUGCUCAAAGGUGGAUGAAACGCUUACCCUGGAUUAAAAUUUAACCUGCUGUUUUGGUUUGUGUAUAUCUGAGUGUUUGUUUAUUUCAAGACUUUAAAAAAUAAAACUUCUGUUGAUUGCAGACAAGAGUUCUAGAAAAUAUUUCCAUAUUUAGAAACAAGCUGUUGGGAAGAUCUUGUUUGAAUAUUUUGUUAACCUACGAUUAAGCUGAACAUCUUUUGAACAACCGACCUAAGAGUUGUUACUGAAAUAAGUUAUCUUGUAUUUCUAGAGAAUAGUUCGUUUAUACGACGUCUUCGAAAUCGAUUCAAACUCGUAAGUUUGUAAUUUCUGUGAGGGUCGUUUUGAAAACGGUUGAAUGAGAUUGAAUGUCUUAACACAGUAUGCAUUUUUUAGAUUUUGUACAGUGUUAGAAUAUUGUGAUGGCAACGAUUUAGAUUUCUUACUCAAACAACAUAAAACAAUUUCCGAGAAAGAGGUAGUGUAUAGUGUCUUUUACUCAAACGUGUUUGGGUUUGAACCGUUUUGUCUUCAAGGACACAACAAUUGUUUUGCAAAGAUGUGCUAAUUCUUCUUUCUUGUUCAGGCGAGAUCAAUUAUAAUGCAGGUAUGUGAAUAAGGAUGAGAAAAAAAUAAUGAUUCAAAAAUUACAAUAUUCAACAGACAAUUAAAACUUGACAAGUUUUUGAGAAGGUAUAUCAUUUCGUUUAGGUUGUCAGUGCACUCAAGUAUUUAAAUGAAAGAGAGCAUCCCAUAAUCCACUAUGAUUUAAAACCUGGUAA